AUGAGACCUCUAGAACUCAUUCCUGAAUUUAGGCCAGGUCGUCGGCGUCGAGUCAAGAAACAAGAGCCAACGGAUGCUGCCUCGCCGGAGCUGGAGGUUCUUCGUCACCUGUGCUUAAGGUGGGUGGUGGAGUUGGAUGUUCCAGAUAGUCUUCUCGAUGAGCUGGGACUGACCGGUAAUGGCUCCGACGACCUGCUACCGGAGGAGUUAAACCGGAUUUGGAGUAAAUUGAUUUCUAAGAACUUCCUGGUGAAGAAGAUGAUUCAGAUUGUUGCCGACGGGGAACGAGGGCAGCUGCUCGGUGGUUCAGUGGGCGUCGCCGGCUGCCUAAUUGUGGCGGCGAUAUGUCGUUCGGCGGUCGUUGACUGCUCUCAAAAUGGUCAUGGACCAGGUGGGUCGCCGAUUCUUGGCGCUGGUGAUCGAUGA